AUGGGUGAAAAGGACGCUUCUUCACACGACAAAGGGAAUUUAGUUGGCUCAAUCGCCGGUUCCAUCGCAGGUGCAGACGUCGGCAACAAAAUUGGGCUCGGUCGCGUCGGCGGCAUUGCCAGCAGCAUCUUGGGCUCCGGCCAGGGCAGCAAACUCGAGGCAAAACUCAAAGACGAAGCGGACAAACACAACAAAAACUGA